AUGACGCCAAAGUCGAGCGGUAAAGCAGCCAAGAAAGCCGGCAAAGCUCAGAAGAAUAUAUCCAAGGGUGACAAGAAGAAGAAGCGCAAGAGGAAGGAGAGCUACGCUAUCUACAUCUACAAAGUCCUGAAGCAGGUCCACCCAGACACCGGUAUUUCGAGCAAAGCUAUGAGCAUCAUGAACAGCUUUGUCAACGAUAUUUUCGAGCGCAUUGCCGCCGAAUCUUCCCGUCUUGCUCAUUACAACAAACGCUCGACGAUCACAUCUCGGGAGAUUCAAACUGCUGUACGGCUUCUGCUUCCUGGAGAACUUGCUAAGCACGCCGUCAGCGAGGGUACCAAAGCUGUCACCAAGUACACCAGCUCUAAAUAAGCUGCUACUACCUCAAUUUGUCUACCAAUCGGCCCUUUUCAGGGCCACCAAUCAUUCUUAAUGCCAAAGUACGAUAUCUCAUAUCU